UUGGUUUACAAUCUCUCUCAGAAGUCCAAUAGAGUACGCAAAAUGGUCCGUUUGAUCCAACUGGCGGGUAGAGCAUUUCGAUUUUCUUCUUCACCCAAAACCUUGAUUUCACUGUUUCGAAGAUCUCAUCUGCAAAUGGAGCAACAACCCUUGGGCAACUCUGUCGUACAAGCUCGAAACUACAUAACAGAGAUGCGCAAAUCGGCCUUCGAAGGAAAUAUACUGAGAAUUCUCCGCACCGAAAUCCAAUACGAAUCUGAAUACGCCCCUCCCAAACAGCCUGUAACGGAAUUUAAUUCGUUUACGGUGGAAGAUCGGCCCGGGGAGCAAUGGAUUAGACUGAGAGGGAAGUAUGGUGACAAAGAAGAUAUUAAAAUUGAGGUUACGAUGUUUGACGGAAGUGUAUCUGUUCCUAAAGCUACUGAGGAUGGUCAGGGAGAGGAUGCACAGCUCCAUAUCAGUUUGAUUGUUGAUGUCUCGAAGGGAGAGGGUUGUGAUGUUUUGGAGUUCGUGUGCUCGGCAUGGCCGGAUUCCAUGGAGAUUCAGAAAAUUUUCAUGCUUAGGCGAGGUGGAAUGCCGGCAAGGCCUUAUGCUGGACCUGAUUUUAAGGAUUUGGACGAUGAGCUACAGAAUGCAUAUCAGGAAUUCCUUGAGGAGAGGGGGGUAAAUGAUGAGCUUGCUGUUUUCUUGCACGAGUAUAUGGUUAACAAAGAUAAAACUGAGUUUAUGCGAUGGCUGGGAAACGUCAAAUCUUAUAUUGAGAAAUAGUGAGACUUGAUGAUGGCUGGGAAUGUCAAAUCUGUUAUUGAGAAACAGUGAGAUUUGUUUAUCAAUGCACCUCUUCUAUCCUCUUUUUGCUCCCUUGCCCUUCCAUUUUUGAAAUUAUUAUCCUUUGAAGGAAGUUAACUGUUAUGCUUUGUGUGCAAAUCUUACUCUAUGUAUCAGAUAAUUUUGGGUCUAUGCAUGUAGGCAAAUGCACACUUUGGAUGAUAUAUAUAGAAUGAAUUAACUAUUAAAUGACAACAAGACUCCAAUCUGGUUUUAAGCA